GUUACAUCGAGAGGAUCAAGUCGGCGCGGUGUGGAUGAAGUCAUCCGACGAGCCAGACGUGUAGAAACUGCCGCUAAAUAUUCCAGGCGUGGCUCCGCUGCUGGGCUCAGGGGGCAGACGUCCCCCAUGUUUAGGGGGCGGGAGUAUGUGGUAGUUCCCCCACUGUCGUCACAACAGGCGAGUAAUUACCGAGCGGACCUCAGUGGUGGAAGCGCGCACGGUCUCGGCAGCAAGACUCCGGCCAGGAUGGCGACAGAACACUUGGAGAUGAACGGUGGUGCUGAUGGGAACGGGGCUGCGGAGGUUCCACUGCGGGACCCCCAGAGAAGACCUGAUGGACACCUGAACAUGAACCACUACGCCAACAAGAAGAGCGCGGCGGAGAGCAUGCUGGACAUUGCUCUGCUGAUGGCCAACGCCUCGCAGCUGAAGGCCGUAAUGGAGCAGGGGCCAGACUUCACCUUCUACGUGCCGCUCAUCACGCUGAUCAGCAUCUCGCUGGUCCUGCAGAUCCUUGUGGGCGUGAUGCUCAUCUUCAUCGUCAAGUGGAACCUGAACGACCAGAGGAUGCACUACAGGCUCAACAUCCUGGAGAACCUCACCACUGCGUUUGUCUUCAUCAUCGUUGUGGUCAACGUCUUCAUCACGGCCUUCGGCGUCCAGAGACCUGCGACUCACUCUUGAACCACUUUAUUCACAUCUUUGUCAAAAGAGCUCGGUGGCGGCUGUAAACACAGCAAAGAUGGCAGACUUUUCACAGCCACAUCAAACCCUGGAUUCUUGUUUGUUCCUCCGUGAGGAGACCAAGCAGAUGAUCAAGUAUUAGUAUUGAUAGAUCAGCAAACUCCUGCUUCAUGUGUUUUAGCUGGAGUUUAAUUCCUCUGUGUGUUUUGUAAACGUGUGUGAACAUUUUAUACGACGGAAAUAUUUAUUUCUUGUUAUGGUUUGUCGUUUCUCACAUCUGUGAGGCUCAGGUUACUGAGGAAGUGAUUGCCUUCAAACAUCGGGUCGAGUUUCUGUAAACCAAAGUCACAAACUGUUCGGACCUACGUCAUGACUGCCUCACUUAUUAAACUCCACCAAAUGGCUAUGUUCUAUGCAGUAUUUAGUGUAUGUAGUGUGUAUUGGUUUAUAUAUGAAGAUGUUAUUGUUUAUGCACUCAAGUCUACUAUGUACUGCUAGAGAACACAUCUGAGCUUUUAAAGGACCAAAAUGUUUUUUACUUUGUGGUAUAAAACGAGUACUCUGACUACUGUUUUGGAAUAAAAAAAUAAAGCUGUGA